GUUUUGCUAGAGGCACUUCCAUACUAUUGUAAAGCGCAUCGAAUUAACAAUACACGACACAACACCAGGUGAAUUUUCAAUCGAGUCUAGAUCAUUUGCGAUGCUUCGCUCGUGCCCAUCAUGAUCGAAGACGAUGGGUACAGAUCGUCGUCACAGUAUCGACUCUGGUCGUACACAAAGAACAGACUGGCUCAAAUACGCCAAAACACUAACGAUAUUGCCUCAGAGCGUGUCAAAGCCGCAUUCCGAAGAGCACAGGCUGCUAAAUCAUCUCAGAAUGGAUCAAAUGAUCCCCUUGAGAACGACGGACAGGGAGAGACUCCCGUAGAAAUCCAGACCUUGACAGUCGAUGAGGAACUGAAGAUAGUCGAAUGGGGUUGCUCCAAGAUGCAGGAUAUGGGAGAGGCCAUGAAUCCACGGAUUCCCUCGCACGUCGUGGCCACGGCUAUUCAAUAUCUUCGGCGAUUCUACCUCACCAAUUCGCCAAUGACUUAUCAUCCCAAACAAAUCAUCGCAUGCGCACUUUAUCUUGCAACAAAGGCUGACCACUUCUACAUUUCACUUUCGAAAUUUGUGGCAGAGCUCGAAGACCUGACAGAAGACAAUGUCAAGGCUCCUGAAUUUCUACUCCUACAAGGACUCCGCUUCACACUGGAUGUACGCCACCCUAUGAAAGGUCUGGCUGGAGGCCACAUAGAAAUGAAUGUAAUGGCCGAAGAAGGCCUGCUAGGAAAUAUAUCGACAUCUACUGGAUCAGCGAAGAGGAUAGGCCAAGCUGCCGAUCGGGCCAAGAAGUUACUGGCCACGGCUGCUCAAUUGACGGAUGCCUAUUUCCUUUACACGCCCAGUCAGAUCUGGCUCGCUGCUAUGAUGGUAGCAGACAAAGAGCUCGUCGAGAUAUAUCUCGAACAAAAACUGUCCCAAUUGCAGGCAAAUGAUCAUGGCACUGUCAUCAAGGAAAAGAUCGUGUCAACAAUUGUUGCAUGUGCUGCUCUGCUUGAAGCAUAUCGAUCGCCGAAUGACGACGCUUCUCAGAGGAAGGAGAUGAGACGGAUUGGAAAGAAGUUGACGGUCUGCCAGGACCCGGAAAAGCUUGACAUUGUCGCAGUUGCGAGGGCAAAGGCUGCUGAGAAGAGAGAGGGGGAAGGCAGCGACACAGAGAAGGCGCUCAAGAAGCGUAAGCUGGAAAGGGAGCGACGGGAAAAGGAUGGCGACGUCUUUGGUCCUGAGCUGAAAGACAUACAGUCCUGAUUCAAGUCGUUCAUUGCCCUUGGCUUGGAUAUCCGGACAACAUCAGCGACAAGGUAGCCUUAGUCAGCCACGAUUGUUUGAUAGAGCCAUUCGAGCAGUUUAUGAGCCUUUCCAAGCUCAUCAUCAUACGAGUAGUAGUCAUGACAGGCAUUCUUGAAU